AGUUGGUAAAAUCGAAUUCAGUUCCUUUGAUUGUUCUAUUUCAACAAAAAAAUUGAUUCAAAGUUUUGUAAACAAAUCACCAGAUAGCCGCUAAGUUGUCAGCCGCCCACUUGACAGUUCACACAUACCACCUUUAUUGGUAACUACUACAGAGACACAAAAUGAAAGAAAUUAACUUGCAGUUGUGGAAUGGCGAACAGUAUAAAUUUGAACUUCGACGAUGCAGGAUUUCUCUGAAAAAUCAAUUUUCCCUUUAGGUUGUGAAGUGCUAGUGUCUGUGUUUGGUGAUUCUAUAGUGAAUUCUGGUGUGGAUCUGCUCACUCUUAUCACAAAAGUUCCAUGUGCAUUGGCCGUGCCGAGGAAUGGCAUCUAUUUAGUAUUCCGUGUGAAACCGAGAGUAAGGUUAAAGAUCGGAAGCGGAGUGUCACCCCGGGUUAAAUAGUAUCCCGGGCUUGAAGUCAGAUAUACGGAAUUUAAUUCCUGGAAAUCUACAGAAAAUGGUGGAUUUUGGAUUUUUGUAAGCAAAAUGUAGCAAGGGAAACAGCGCAAAAGUAUAUUUGGGAAGCAGAAAGAACCAACGCAGCUGUAGAAGGACCUAGAAAAAGAUUUGUCACAUUACAGUUGGUCGUGCCGGUUAGCUAAACAUUAUCUUUUGGAGUCAGCAUGACUUCGCGUUUGGAUCGAUUGUUUAUCCUGCUCGAGUCGGGAUCGGCGGCCGUCACGCGCAAGGCAGCAGCUAAGCAGAUCGGUGAAGUGCAGAAACUACACCCGCACGAGUUGCACAACCUGCUGAAUCGAUUGCAGACCUACCUGCACAACAACAACUGGGAAACGCGGAUCGCUGCUGCACAAGCCGUACAGGCCAUACUGGAAAAUGUUCCCCAGUGGAAUCCGAAGGGACUGGAUGAGCUGAAGCCGGAUGUGGAACAGGAUGCUGAUGCAAAUACUCAGGGCUCUCGGCUAUCGUUCGAUAAGUUCGAUCUGAAUGCGGUGCUACAUCGAGGAGCCAGACUGAUGGGUUCGGAGGGAACGGAAUUCGAUGCCAUUGAUGAGAAUGAUGCGGGGGAUCCCCGAGAGAAGUGGGCUCGCCAACGGGCGUUAUUGAACGAAAAGCUCGGACUCAGUACCGGCGUUAAUUUGGACGAUAUUGUAUCGAUCGAAGAUAUGCAAAAUAGAAGCGGACAGGUUCAGGGUCGCUGCGAUAGUGAGAAACUGAUGCCAGUGCAGGAAAUAUUAAAACUGGACAACAACUCAGUGGAUGGAUUUAGUCAAACGUUGAGCUGCCGGGAGAAGAAUCGAGCCCGGCGGAAAGCUCGGGAACAACAAAAGGCAUUUCCGAAUCCGAUUAACACAGUAACAUCGGGGAGCUCUGGAUCCGGAAGCAAUGGAUCUGGUAUCGUGGAUGGUGAACCUGAUCGGAAACGAAUGAAAGUCGAUGCCAAAGGAGAUAGUUUGGCGUUCAAUGAACCCGUUCCGGAUUUAACCGGAGCCUGGGUAGAUGCCACAGAAUGGCCUCUGGAGCUGUUUUGCUCUAAAUUAUACUUGGAUCUCUUCAGUCCGCGAUGGGAAACUCGUCACGGAUCGGCAACUGCACUGCGAGAACUACUCAAGGGUCAUUCGGAAGGGGCAGGCAAGAGUAUCUAUAUGACAACCAAACAAAUGGAGCAUCAGCACCAGCUCUGGCUAGAAGAUGCAACUUUGAGAUUACUUUGCGUCCUAGCGCUGGAUCGAUUCGGUGAUUUCGUAUCGGAUCAAGUUGUAGCACCCGUACGCGAGACGUGUGCUCAGGUGCUGGGAACAGUUCUGAAACAGCUUCCAUUAGAUAAGGUUCACAAGACGGUCAGCAUUCUGCUGACAUUCAUCAAACAGAAGGAUUGGGAGGUUCGUCAUGGUGGUUUGCUCGGUAUCAAAUAUAUGCUGGUGGUUCGUGAAGAUCUAGUACAAACGUUUCUACCAUUGAUCAUCAACGAUGUGCUGACGGGACUUUUCGAUACGGUUGACGACGUUGGGGCAGUGGCAGCGGCUACUCUCAUACCGAUAGCGUCGUGGCUGCCAAAGUUGCUGUCCAAGGCACAAGUUUCUCAUAUUGUGAAAUUGCUGUGGGAUUUACUGCUGGAUCAGGAUGAACUCGCUUCUGCUUGUAACAGUUUUAUGGGACUACUAGCGUCAAUUCUAAGUCUACCAAACGCUUCCAGUUGGAUCCAGAUGGAACCGAUGUCGAUCUUAGUACCAAGACUGUGGCCCUUUCUAAGUCACUGCACAUCGUCAGUACGUAGAUCCACCUUGCAAACGUUGAAAACAUUGACCAACAGUAACUACCAUUCGAGUAAGACGGAAUCAGUGACGCCAUCCAGUAGUAAUGGAAUGAACGGGAAGGCUACAUCCGUCAUAGUCAGUACGGCUGAGGCACUAGCGAAGGCUGCUACCGAAACAAACGCCGUUCUACAGGUUGAUCCUUCGGAACAUUUAGUAUUAAAUUUCGGUGUCCAAGAAUGGCCGCCAGCUCUGCUGCAAGAAGCUUUGCGACACAUAUUCCAGCGAGUUUUAGUGGAACAUGUCGAGGAUAUUCAGUCACUGGCGGAGAACGUUUGGAAUAAUUUGAUCGUGAAUGCCGAGCUUUCGGCACUGCUGCACGCUUCCUGCCCGUUCGUUGCCAGUUGGCUUUGCCUGGCAAUGCAACCGGUUCGCCUAUCGUUCGAUCCGUCCUCGUUAAUCUUUGCCAAACCAAAUCAACCGUCACAGGUCCGGGAGCGACGUCGUCAGUUUGAUUCGUUCGAAUCCGCCAGUAGUGUGCCAUCGCGACAGAAGUUAUACCUUGGCGGUUCGGAAACGAUUCCCAUUGAGAUACGUGAACGAAACGUGAUACGAGCUCGCAUCAAGGCGUCCAAAAUGAUCGGAUUGCUGUCCCGCUAUUUGGUUCUUCCCGCACCGGGUGUGGUGUACACACCGGAGAUAGAAAGCCCGAUCGAUUGCUAUACCAAAGUGCUGCUAGGCUAUCUGCAGUCGCGUUCGGCACUUCAAAGACUGAUCGCUAGUCUUGUGAUAGCGUUCUGGUACUCGUAUGAUUGCAGUAUUCGUCCGGGACCACAAACGCUGCAGGAUCGACUGAAGCUCUGUUUGAACGAGUACUUUUAUUACGACGAAGUGGCGAUGCUUUUCACCCGACUACUGCAGGAGUGUCGUGAUUAUUUGGCCACCUUAAAGCAGCACAAGAUUCAGUUGGUGGAGUUUGAAAACUUGAAGGUACUCAACUUAGACCAAAUAUAUCAACUGUGUACGGUGAUGUCGGAGAAUUUGAAGACCAAAUAUGGACUGAAGUCGAAGGUUGCCGAAAUGUUAGAUGAAAGACGGAGAGGGUUGUUCAAUUCCCAUGCGAAUACCGCUAUGGAGCAGAAUAAUAUGCACAUCAGCACCCAAUCGUCCCUUGCCGGAGCAGUCGUCAGUUUGCACUGUUUGCCGGAAAAGUUGAACCCAGUUGUCAAGCCAUUGAUGGAAUCGAUCAAACGUGAAGAAUGCGAAUUGCUCCAGAAGCUGUCCGCUAAAUAUUUAGCUGAAUUACUCGAUCAGGUCACCAUUCGCAAUCCCUGUCCAAACAACAAAAUUGUAACGAACUUGUGCAUGCUGUUGAAAAGCGACUUGGAAUAUACUCCUAAAAUUGUCAUCCCGGAGCGCGAUAUGCGUCAUUACGAUCCGGCGAAUAACAGUGAUACCAAUCCAUACCACGGUAUAAUCACUUUAAUGAACCAACAGAAGGCUCGCGAUGGGCAUAAUGGGAACGCAUCUACUUCGCGCGGUCCCGGUAGGCCAUCGUCCUCCAUCGUUUCGACGGACAGCUUGACUGUAGAGGAAGUACUCAACGAAAACGAUGAAACUAGUCGGAAACAUGCCAGAACUCAGCGACUCGGUGCUACUCAUGCCAUCACUACCAUUUGUUCGUAUUUCAAAGACACGUUACCGCAGAAGCUUCCUAUCGUCUGGCAGUUGAUGAUGGACAAAAUUGUCUCUCAGGUCAAUGAGGGAUAUAUCGACCGAAUGACACGCGACGUCGUAAGUCAAGAGGACACCAACGACUUUGUAACGUCGCUACAACUGAUCGAGGUAGCCGCACGCCAUAUUGAUCCAGCACUGCACGAUCAAUUCUUCCAAUUGCUACCCAAACUUUGCCUGUUACUCAGACAUCCACUGAAAUCAAUUCGACACAUGGUCGGUCGCUGUUUGGCUACGCUGGCACUGGUCAAUUCACAGGUCGUUAUGACCAUGGUGAUCGGAGAUAUUAUACCGAUGUUAUCUUCCAUCGAAAAUGUCAUCAAGCGACAGGGUGCUGCUGAAGCCAUCGCUUGUAUUGUUAGUCAGUUGCAGCUGGAGAUUGUCCCUUACGUGGUCCUGCUGGUGGUACCACUACUAGGAAGGAUGAGCGAUCCGGAUCAAGCAGUUCGACUCGUAUCGACGCACUGUUUUGCAACAUUGAUACAGUUGAUGCCACUCGACGGUAUCACGCCCGAUGUCCGUGGUCUCUCGGAAGAACUGAAAAACCGUAAACUCAAAGAUAAGGAAUUUCUCGAGUAUUUGUUUACGCCGAAGACUAUACCUGACUUUAAAAUUCCGGUGAAAAUUAAUGCUGAACUACGAAGCUAUCAGCAGUCCGGUGUCAACUGGUUAUGGUUCCUGAACAAGUACAAACUGCACGGUAUUCUUUGUGAUGAUAUGGGUCUCGGUAAGACCUUACAAGCCAUUUGUAUCCUGGCGGGUGACCACUACCAACGUGGCUUGGAUCCCAAAUGUUCCAAACUGCCAAGUUUGGUAAUUUGUCCUCCAACCCUAACUGGCCAUUGGGUUUAUGAAGUGGAAAAAUUUCUUCCAACACGUUUCCUCAGACCACUGCACUACGUUGGGCUACCGGUAGAUCGCGAAAGGCUUCGCCAUAAAUUAGGAACCUACAAUCUGAUCGUGGCAUCGUACGAAAUUGUUCGUAAGGAUAUUGAAUUCUUCAGCUCUUUGCAGUGGAACUAUUGCGUACUGGACGAAGGACACAUCAUUAAAAAUGGUCGUACAAAGAGUUCUAAGGCCAUAAAACAGUUGGUUGCAAAUCAUCGACUCAUACUUUCGGGAACACCCAUUCAAAACAAUGUGCUGGAGUUAUGGUCAUUGUUUGAUUUUCUGAUGCCUGGUUUUUUGGGAACGGAAAAACAGUUCAGCACACGUUUCUCCCGCCCGAUUCUGGCUAGUCGUGAUCCAAAGAGCUCUGCCAAAGAGCAAGAAGCAGGUGCGCUAGCCAUGGAAGCCCUGCAUCGCCAAGUACUGCCGUUUCUGCUGAGACGAGUCAAGGAGGAUGUGCUCACGGAUUUACCGCCGAAGAUUACGCAGGAUAUGCUGUGUGAAUUGAGUCCCCUGCAGGAACGCCUCUACGAGGACUUUAGUCGAACACAUUUGAACUCGGAUAUCCGGGAGUGUUUGGAGAACAUCGAUGGACAGAUGGUCAGCAAAAAAACACACGUAUUCCAAGCUUUACGAUAUUUGCAAAACGUUUGCAACCAUCCAAAACUAGUACUGCAGCCAUCACACCCAGAGUAUCAGACUAUUGUGUCGGAGUUCACUCGAAACGGAAGUUCAUUGGAUGAUAUUGAGCACUCGGCAAAACUACCGGCGUUGAAACAACUGCUACUGGACUGUGGAAUUGGAACGAACGAGGACAUGUUGGUCAAUCAGCACCGGGCACUUAUUUUCUGUCAGUUGAAGGCCAUGUUGGACAUUAUCGAGAAUGAUUUGCUGAAGAAGCAUCUACCGGCAGUUUCCUACUUGAGACUGGACGGUGGCGUUCCGCCUAGUUCGCGUCAUCAAAUUGUUACCAAAUUCAAUGGGGAUCCCAGUAUUGAUGUGCUUCUAUUGACCACGCAGGUUGGUGGUCUCGGCCUAAAUCUAACUGGAGCGGAUACCGUAAUAUUUGUUGAGCAUGACUGGAAUCCAAUGAAGGACCUGCAAGCUAUGGACCGUGCUCAUCGAAUAGGCCAGAAGAAAGUGGUCAAUGUGUAUCGGUUGAUAACGCGUAAGUCAUUGGAAGAAAAAAUUAUGGGCCUACAGAAAUUCAAACUGCUCACUGCCAACACGGUUGUGAGUGACGAGAAUGCAUCGAUGGAAACGAUGGGAACUGAUCAACUGUUGGAUCUGUUUGCUCUGAGUGAUGAUGGCAAGAAGCAACAGAAGGUUGAAAGAGGAUCCGCCAGUAGCGCUGCCACUGCUGUAGAAGAAUCUAAUGGCGCAAAUGGAGGCUCCAGCACGAUGAGAAAUGUACUGGAGAAUCUACCGGAGUUGUGGGACGACAACCAGUACCACGAGGAGUACGAUUUGUCUCAAUUCCUAGAAGGACUGAAGAAAACCUAGUCCGUGUGCGUGUGUUUGUGUUUUAAGUGUUAGGCAACUGGAAUUGGAGCGUUACAGCUCCGCUUUAUAGGAUUUAGUAGCACUAGAAACAAAUAAUACCGUAAUUAAUCUUCCUCUACGCCGUAUUUCAACUUUUUGUUAUAUUUUUUCAAAAAUUUCUUUCAAUCAUUUCCACGUACUAUCAGUACUACAUGAAUACUUUUAUUUCCAUCUUUUCCGUUAUAUGUUAUAACUACAUGUUAUAUUGGAAGUACAUGAAUUUUAUAUAGAUUAAAGCUAAUUAGAAUAUAAUUUUGAUGAAAGACUU